AUGGCCAUGGAAGGAAAUUACCUGCAGUCCCACCCCCAUCCACACAUCUAUUCGGGUCUGGGAGAUCACGGGAGUGACCUCAGUGCCCACGUCGUAACCCCUCAUCACCCACACUCGCACAGUGCUUUCCUUCUUCCGCCAGCUCCGGCGCAUUACCGAGCCUUCGGACAGAACGACGGUGCGCCCGACGGUCUGCACUACCAUUCCUGUCUAUUCCCCGAAUCGGGUGCGUGGGACCCUGAUGUGCCGCAUCCCUUCCACCAACACCACCACAACCACCACCCUCACCAGCAUGAAAAUCAGUCUUGCCAGCACGAAGGAUUUUUCCUACAAGACACGAGUGACAAACAGACCGAGUCGGCGACCUCCUACUGGAGUGAGAAACUCCCCUCCCCCGCUUUCGGGACGUCGUGGGAGUCCGAUCCAUACCCGGGAACGUACCCCCUGCAGGCGACUGAUGCAACCUUCUAUCAGGAGUUUCAGAGCUCCUCCCCCUUUCCAUCGCUGCCCGGAGCCCACUCACUCAUUCCCCAAUCCACCGUCGCCUACUUCAGGGGACCUUCUCCCUCGCAGUACGCAAUCGGAAGACCUCUUCCCCCAGCUCCCCAAAGCUACAGCGCUGUGGAGUCCUCGAGUGACGCCUGCCUCUCAUCCAACAACACCACCGAGAGCUCUGAUGUCGUGUCCGCCGGCACACAUCCACAAGACGGAGAUGUGAAACCCACACUGCCACCAAUCGAGUACUACUCCGACCGUCAGGAGUUUAUUGAACCAAUGGGCGAAUGCAAGGAGGACGAGGAGACGGAGGGAGCGGAGAACGAGGAAGGUGAAGGAGAAGGUGGAGAACGAGGAGAGGGAUGUAGCGAUGACGCAGCUCUACCACAGGCUCCAUCCUCGAAGGAGGAAGAUCCUGACAGUCUUAAUGGAAGCGAUCAGAAGUCGGCCAGAAAGGAAGCCAACGGUGGUAGACGUUCAGAAAAGCCGCCCUACUCCUACAUCGCGCUGAUCGCAAUGGCAAUCAGAGCGUCACCGAACAAGCGCUGCACCCUCAGUGAAAUCUACCAAUACCUGCACAGCAAGUACCCCUUUUUCCGGGGCAGUUACACCGGCUGGAAGAACUCCGUGAGGCACAACCUGUCCCUCAACGAGGUCUUCAUAAAACUCCCGAAAGGAAUGGGAAGACCGGGAAAGGGUCACUACUGGACCAUAGAUCCGACAGCGGAGUUCAUGUUCCAGGACGGAGCCUCGCGCCGGCGUCCACGAGGUUUCCGUCGAAAGUGUUCUCUCAGUUCCACCACAACAGCGGUUGUUGGGACGACAGCGGCGGUGGGCGCAGAGGGUCAGGAGGGUCAGACCCAGUCAGCGCCAUUCGGCCAGCUGCCGAACCCGUGUGUUUUGAUGGACUCCGACGUCGCCUUCUCCCAGUUCCUGCUUCCGAACAUGUGCAUCUCCACCACUUCCUCGUCCCGCAAUCCCUCAGGUGGAACUCCACCGCAUCCAACUUCUGAAGCGGACCUGAAGCCGAGCGAGGACGAACGCAGUGGCGGUGGAGUGUUUUACGGUGGAGGCUUCUACAACCCGUCCAUGGAACAGCAGUACCAAAAUGUCGCAUCAUUCGUUCACCAGCACUUUCAGGAGGACGUGCAACCAAUGAAAACCGAGGCCCAGUCGCCACACUACGAGGGACCCGGUUCACUCUACGGAAUUCUUUCCUCCGUGAGUGGCACCACGCAGGCCAGCAAUGCGGUGUCAAUGUGGUCAGAGAACGGAGACGUCAGGCGCGGCUCGUAUCCGGAGCUGGACACAGAGAUGGCCCAGAUGUUCGACUCCCGACGCUUCGGUAUGCCGUGGAAGGAGUGGGAGCACUCGAAUGGGGAGUGCAAACCGUCACCGCCUCCGCACUUCCAGCCGAGGAUCUCCACGACGGUGGAAAAGGCAGCUGAAACGGUCGCUUCGGAGGGUAGCAGUCCUUCAACCAUCAUGCACCCCCACCUCCCUCCACCGCCUCUGCUACAAACCUCGUCAGAGUCGAAGGUCCAACGAGAACUGAUUCCGACCAUGUCUUGCAAUGGGCCACGCAAUCGCAUCACGCGUGGCCCCCCCCUUCACCACCUCGCAAUCCAGACCACUGCUCUAGCCUCACAUCACCAUUCCAGCAUUCCCCUCUCUAUUUCUCUGUCUCCCCCCGCCUCCCUCCCUACCCCACCCCACCCCACCUCACCUUGA